UAUUUGGAUUUGAUUUCCGUUUCAUCAUUUUAUCAGCGCCCACGUUUUUGAAAUACUUCCGUCAAUUUCUUCCAUCUUUUAUUUUGGACUUUCAUGACACGCAUUUCAGAUUUAUUUUUUCUAAUUUUCAUCAUUACAGCUACAAAUCAAAAUCAUCUAAAUUAACGUAGAGGUUGCGAGCAGAAAUAUUCAGUGAAAUCGUUCGACCAAUUUAUUUCAAACAUGUUUAAACUGAUUUUUCUGCGUAUACCUGGCUAACCUAAACUAAAUAUAGACUUAUAACGUAAUGAAAACUUUAAACUUGUAUUGAUAAAAAUAUAUCGGAUAUAGCUUGGAUUUCCACUGAGGUAACCAUAUUUAACUGAACCGGAAGACUUUUUCUCAACAGUUCCGAUUUUCAUCUGGAAGUUGGUUACUUUGAACCUUUUUAUUUCAAUAUUUCAUCAAAAUGGCUGAUGAACCAAUAUCAGAUGAUGAUAGAAUUAUUCAGGACUUGAUAGAGUAUUGUAAAGACGUUCAGCUCAAAAUAUUGAGAGCGACAUCGACAAAGCUAUUGUCUAACCGUCUUGAUGUAGAAGGAUAUGUUUUAGGAGACUACAGUAAUGACUGGUAUGGACUUGCAGAAAGAAUCGGAUACAUGACAAAGGAAAUGAGAAAGUUUGAAAAACACGAGAGUCCAACUACCGUUCUUAUUAACGACUGGAGCACCAGACUAAAGAUGUCCCCAACAGUUGACACUUUGAUAAAGUAUCUUGUAGAGAUACAGAGACCGGAUGUUGUGUUGGAUAGCGAAAAAAGUAUAAGAAGAGAUGUAGAACAUUCCAAACAACCAGCUCGAGCUCCACCGCCACCAAAACCAAAGGUACCAGAAAGUGACAGAUAUGAUGCUUUUGUUGUUUAUGGCAACACAGAACGAGAUAUCCAGUUCAUGUUAGAUAUGGUGAAAAUUCUAGAAGGAGAAGAUCAUAAUAUAAGGUUAUAUGUUCCUGGAAGGGACGAUCUCGCAGGCGAUGAAAAAUAUGUAGUAACAGCAGAAAUGAUUGCUAACAGAUGUCGGAGAGUUAUAGUCGUACUGUCUAGAGGAUUCGAAGACAGUGAAGAUUGUGAUUUCGCAUUGAAAUUAGCACAGUCAUUAUCACCAGGUGCCAAAACAAAACGUAUUAUACCAAUAUUAUUAGACAAUGUAAAAAUUCCACUUAUAUUAAACUUUGUUGGUACAGUUAAUUUUACAAACCCCAUGCAACGUGAAUGGGUUUGGCCCCGAGUUGCCGCCACUAUCAAGUGUCCUCUCGUCCCAAGUAUACAGGAUUGGCAGUGUACAAUUGAUGACUUAAAGAAUAUGAAAUAUGACAGUAAACAUGUGCAACAUCUGUUGUAUGGAAUUGGUGUUGCAUGUCAAGAAUUUCCACCCGAAGAAGAAGAAGACAAAAAAGGGAAAAAAGGAGACAAGAAAAAGAAAACAUGAUGAAUAAAGUGUUAAAUAGAUGGUUGUUAUAAAAAUCUGAUAGAGACGUGUAUCCGUCCAUUUAUCACUGUCCGAUUAUUAAAGAAAUCCAAAUAUGGAUCUCAAAACAUCCAAAUGGGCUUGUUAUAACACGUGCAAAACCCUUAAGGAAAAACGACCCUCUGAGUGGAAUGGACGAAUAUUAAUGUGGAUAUACUUUGUAUUAGUGAAUAUUUUGUUGUUCAGAUUUGACUACUUUUGUACGAUAUAAAUAUGUAAUGUUUCAUUGUUAUUUGUAAAUAUUGGUUAUUAAUUAUGACUACUGUUUUAUGUGUGUGUUAUGGCGUAGCAAUUAAAAACUUUAAACUAUACAAGUGUUCAGCUGUGUUAUUUAAUGAUUACAUAUCAUCUUCAUCAACAUUUAGAGGAAAUACACAGACCGUCACCAUACUGAAUUAUUUAGGAUAUUGUAUAUUACAAGCCAAUUUUAGAUAAACGUUUGAAGAAUCUUGUUCAAGAAACACGUUUUGUGCGCACAGAAAUCAGAUCAACACUCUUGUUACUUGCAUUUUUGAAAUUAAUGAAAAUUGUUUUUUAAAUGCACUAAUACAUACUUGAAGUUUAGAGAUUGGUGGAUGUUUUCAAAUUUAAAUAUCUGAACAUGCCAUACAGCUAUAUCAAUUGGGGAUUUUAUUUUUCGCCUUUGUUUUUUCUUUUUUUUGUCUGUCCUUCUGUGAAUGAGAUAGCAAACUAACAAAAAAUGUUGAACGAAGUAUAAAAUUCAGGCAUUUAUAGUUUCCAUACAUAGACUCAACAUCAAAACACGCACAAACAGUAACCAUCGUUAAUAUGCUAUUACAGGAAAUACUCAUUAACUUCGCCAUAUUAUUGAUAUGAAGAAAAUUCUGAAUCACGGGGUUAAAAUUGACUUUCCAGCGAGAAAGGGAAAACAUAAAUUGACGAUGUUUUUUUUUCUGAUUUGAACUUAAUUGCUGCUUCCUAAAUCACAAAAGUGAGGACACAAUAAGAAGUAUGAGCGAAUAUCGGUCGACUCAAGAGACAACCUAAUUUGUGAGUCAGGAAUGAAACGUCCCCUGUGGACUGUAAAAUCAUAAGCUAGUUUAAACAUUCAGUGCGUCGAUCUAGAAAAAAGGAUAAUAGUUUUUUAUUGAUAUUCAUUUCUAUUAUUUCUCGACGCAACAUUUGAGUCAUUAGUCUUCUAUGAUUAUGUCAAACACAUAGAGAUACAAUGUUAUACCGGUAUACAAAUAUUUUUUUCUAAGUUUUCAGUCUAUAGAGACUUGUUUCUUAAAUUACAUCAGACGAAUUUCAAACCAAUGACACGCAUAGUAAUAUAUUUCAAUAUUCAAUAUUUCAAUAUUUAUUGAAAAGAGCACAAUAGAGGCGUGAUCCAAAUACAGACAAUAAAUAUAUUAAAACAACAUAUAAUAAAUGAAACAUAGAUGCAUGUAACAGCAAGUCAUAAGUAAAUUCUAUAGAUACCAUAACAUUCUAAGUAUAUUCCAAGAAUACCAUUACAUUCUAAACUCAUAUUAAUACCAUUACACAUAUACAUCACGAUUAUUCUAAAUUUUCAUAAUCCUACUUAAAACACACAAUCACCUAUAUACGAUAUAUGUGUAUAUGCACAAACUACUAUGAAGGAUUAUUAUCUGAUGAAACAGUAUGGUGGUCUCUCAAAUCAAGAGCUUCUUCAAUAUUAAUAUAAACGUAUCAAUUAAUUAAAAUUGUUUCAUUAUUUCAAUAGAUAUUCUAUAUAUGUUUGAAUCCUUGUUGAAAGCGUCCAUCCGGGAAUCGAUUAUCCUUAAAUAAAAGUAUGCCACU